GUUACGCUUCGCUGUCACAUGACACACAGUUUUUUCAACAUUACAAGAGCGGAAUGAACACUAACAAACAAGCACCCUACAAUCGUGCUCUGUACAGUCGCCAAGAUGACUUGUGGACAGCGAAUGAGAAGCGAAUUUCGCCUGAAAUCGUUUGGGCUGACGUACAACGACCUGCACGUGUUCACCAGAACGCCGUGGCUGAGUAACCAAAACCAGCUACCAUUCUUGCUGUAUAGACUUGCGGUAUGCUUGUACCAUGUCGUUAUUUACGUCGGCCUACGCGGAGCCCUGGGCGGUUUCCAACCGCUGAAUCUGAUAUACCUGACAGACUGGGCCUACAUUAGUCUCACACUCCACACCGCACUGAACGCGUUACUCUGCCUGGCUGACUACUUCAACUCUCGUUCGCAGCGUGGAGCAACAUCUGACGAGUCGUCUGACGACGUCAUGGAUACGGGACCUACCAUUUCACCCACAACCACAGGUAGUAACGCAGCAGCACAAGAGAGCAUCGGCCAGGACUCCAGCCAACCCCUACCUAUACCAUGGUUCUACAAACUCAGCUGGGUGUUGUACAACGUCGCCUUUAGCGAAGGGAUACACAUCACGAUUUUGUUCUGGGCACUGAUAGGAGGUGACAGUAGCGAUGUUAGCAUCCUUAUGCACGCCAUUAAUUCUGUCACCAUAGUGAUAGACGUAAUGGUUAGUGGUUUCCCAUGUCGACUGCUGCAUUUUGUUUACCCUUUGACCUUUGGGGCUGUGUACAUUCUCUUUACUGUCGUCUACUGGGCUGCAGGUGGGAGGGGAGAGGAUAACCUUCCCUUUAUAUACCCCUACCUUGACUAUGGAGGGAAUCCUGUUCUAGCCGUCAUUGUAGCUGUACUGAGUGUUGUAGUAGCAAUGCCAUUAUGUCACUGUGUCGUCUUCGCUCUCGCUCUGGCUCGCGAGAGUUUGGUGCGGUUAUUGCAGUGGCGUCCUCCAGGUGAUAGUCAGAAUGUUAACGUUACUGGUUCUGUUGAUACUGGCCUUGAAAACCAUGCAAACUCCACGUGUCGUUCAGGAACCCUGACUUCCAUAGAAUGCACUGCACUUUAAAAUGUCCACUUGGACCGGUAAUGAGUAGCGAUUACGUUUGUUAUUUGCUUUAUUUGUUUAUCUAUUUAUUUAUUCAUUUAUCUAUUUAUUGGCUUGGCUGUUCAGCACGCACGCACACCCAGGGCUGCCCAACUGGCCUUUGCCUAUUGCAAAGGGCUAGCACUUCUUUGGCUUUUGCAUAAUUUAUGUUUUAAUGCAAUAUGUUUAUAUAUGAUAUUAUUUAUGAUUAUUAUUUAUAUAUAUAUACAUUCUGCUACUUAUAUUAAUCAUGUUACAACUUUCCGUGUCAAGUAAUUUACAAGUUGUUACAAGUUUUUCUUUGUUAAAUUUCUUGGUGAGGUUUAUUAUUUUUAUAUUGCUUCGUGUAUUCGGUCCCGUAGAAAAUCAAUUCGGUGGUAUUGAAUGGGCCACCUAAUUGUCUGAAAAUUCUAUAAAUAGAUAAAAGUAGAUAUAUUUUAAACUUUCAUAUUAGAUACGUUGCACACUUCGGAUCAUGUUGGUAGGGAGAGAAAAUGGCAGUCUCAGUAAUUUAACUAGGAUGGUACCCAAGAUAGUUAAAUGUGCAACAGGCCAAGUACUGCUGUAUGUCUAAAGGGAAACAUAUAUAGAGAUAACGCAGAGAAUAAUGGCAGCAAAUUGCUGGAACUUUGCCUGUGCUCUAACUCGAUGAUCAAGUAAUGAAAGAGAUUGAGUAAAGUAUUUGAUGGUGUCACGAGUGAAACUGGUUUAAUUGAGAAACUAUCAAUCUGAUAUGAGUCGACAAGAAAGCCAAGUUACAUAACCAGUACAUCUCUACAAUGUGUUACACGUCAAUUCUGUAAAUGGGCGCGUGGACGGGGUAAGGCAUCCCUUGUGAUUGUUCGUCAGACCCCUAUUGAGGUUUUGCGUCUUCGCUUAUUGUCGUACAAAUUGUGCUUGUCCUACAAGUGGUAUGUUCCUCUUGCUAUUUCACAGGGGAUAGCACACCCCCUCCUAGGGAGAAAACCCUAGCCAAAAAAAGCCAGUGGGAAUGGCCCCUGCAACAAUAUGUAAAUGGGUUAUAGUAUAUAGUAUUACAUGUGCCUAGAUGAUUGGGUAAAGGUAGCUUGUCCAACAAGUGAUAUGUUCCUCUUGAUAUUCAGAUACAGAUACAGAUACUGUCAUUCUUCCAUAGGACUGUUUAGCCAUAGACGAGGUGUAGGCUGAUAUCAAUUAGGAUUUAUAAGAGGAUAACAAUUUCACUAAUGUUAAAUUGUGUAAUAAUAUACUACUCUUCCAUUGCACUUUACUAAAAUUACUAUACUAUAAUCAUUUUAACCAAAAUUUACCAUGGACAUUUAGGGAGGCAUACUGUAUAUGAUAUGUACUUCAACAGAAGCUGCUGAAUUAAAGAAAAAUUUUCAUUCAAUAUCAUUUCAA